AUUAGAAGACAUACUCACCAAGCAUUCAAGCAUCCAGAAUCAUGAGGGUGCUUCUGCUAUUUGCCCUGUGUGUCUCGGCAGUGUGGUGUUCAAGUGAUUACGAUGAAGAUGAUGUGGAUGAUGCAGCAGUGAUCAAGUCAGAUAAUGCAACUGCUUCUGUUGAUGCUCGUGGUCACAGGCCUGUAUCCAGAGGCCGAGAGCCAGUUCCUACUCAAAGACCUGCCCCCCCACCAAUCAGCGGUGGAAGCUACAGAGGACGUCCAACCAAAGCUCCUGUCAAAGGUCAGAAAAAAGAAGCUACUGAGUAUCCUGAUGCCGGCGGCUGUAAACAUGCAUAUGAGGAACUGGGAACAUUGUGCCCAACUGGAUGUGAGCUCAGAACAACAUUGCUGAAACAAGAAAGAAAUGUUAAAACUGCUAUCAAUGAUGUCCGAGGAAGAGUGGAAACCUUGGCUCAGUCAGCAAAUAAUGUAUAUAGAUAUACAACUGUACUGGGGCAGAAGAUAAAAGAAAACCAACAACAAACAUUAGAUAACCAGAAUGUAGUCAACGAAUACAACCUAGAACUGGAGGAGCAGUAUACAUUCAUCAAAGACAAUAUAGACACCAAAAUUCCAUCUAACAUUCGCAUUCUUCGGCAAGUACUGGAAAAUCUUCGAUCCAAAAUCCAGAAACUGGAAACGGCAAUAGCCACACAAGUGGAAAAUUGUCGCUCACCAUGUGUCACAACGUGCCCCAUCCCAGUUGUCUCUGGCAAAGAGUGCGAAGAAAUUUACAGGAAGGGUGGAGAGACAUCUGAGAUGUACCUUAUCCAGCCCGAUAGUUUCUUCAGACCAUUCAAGGUUUAUUGUGAUAUGGCAACACAUGAUGGAGGAUGGACUGUUAUUCAGAACAGACAAGAUGGCAGUGUUGGUUUUGGAAGGACAUGGGAUUCCUACAAAUCUGGAUUUGGAAAUAUUGCUGCCAACGGUGGAAAGGGUAUCUGCGACAUGCCAGGGGAAUUCUGGCUUGGUAAUGAAAAAAUUAGCCAGCUGACUAACCUGGGAGCUACAGAAGCUUUGUUUGAAAUGGAAGACUGGGAUGGUGCCAAAGUGACAGCCCAAUACACUGGUUUCACAGUGCAAAAUGAGGCAAAUAAAUACCAACUGUCUGUUAGUGGCUACAAAGGAACUGCUGGCAAUGCUCUAAUGGAUGGUGCAUCUCAGCUGAAAGGAGAGAACAGAACCAUGACAAUACACAACGGCAUGUUUUUCAGUACUUUUGAUAGAGACAACGAUGGAUGGCAACACUCAGAUCCUAACAAACAGUGUUCAAAAGAAGAUGGUGGUGGAUGGUGGUACAACCGAUGCCAUGCAGCCAAUCCUAAUGGAAGAUAUUAUUGGGGUGGAUAUUACACAUGGGAUAUGGCAAAGCACGGCACAGAUGAUGGUGUUGUAUGGAUGAACUGGAAGGACUCUUGGUAUUCAAUGAAGAAGAUGAGCAUUAAAAUCAGACCAUAUUUUAAUUAAUAAAAAGCUGACAAUUCCUUUUCAGUUAGAACCCACAAUUCAAGUCCCCUGGGUCGGUGAAAAGGAACAUAAAAACAUAGAUGACUUUCAGCAUUAGGUGACUUAAAGGGAUUGUUGACCUUCCAACAAUUUUUUUCCAAUAGUUUUUUCAGAUUGUUCUCCAGAAAUAAAUACUUUUUUCAAUUACUUUUUAUGUUUUUAUUUAUGAUUUUUUUUAAUUAAUAUUGAAGUUAUAUUUUCUGAAGCAGCUCUGGGAAGGGGGGGUCGCCGACUCUGUAACUGUUCUAAGCUGAUACAUUUCUUAAUCUUUGGUCCCACUGAGCAGAAUCCCCGAGUUUCAUUAAGCAGCUGUCAUAAUCGACACCAUAGUUGCUACUAUUCCACAGAUGCUGCUGAGAAAUGUAUCAACUAAUGCAGCACAUUGGAACAGUUCAGAAUCUGCACCUGGAUCACUGAGCUGCCAGACUGAAACACCACAGACAGGACAUUCCAUUUUAAACUUCAAAAAACAACAGUCAAAAAUAAAACAUGGAAAGCAAUUGAAAAAAGCCUUUGUUUUUGAUUUACAAUCUGAAAACAACUGAACCAAAAAAAGGUUUUAACUGUGCUCAGACUCCACAGCAACUCAGACAUAUUAACACGGGCCAUUUCUCUAAAGCCAACCCAGACAGUAAUAGCUUCAUUGUUAGAGAUCUCAGUUAACUGCCCUGAUUUUGUCUAGGCAUUCUUUUUUUCUAAAAAGCUUUACUUAUAACAAAAAAAAUAGGAAAGAAACUCACAGAAGACUGAUUAAAUCAUAGACUAUGUCAUCAGAAUCAGCAACAACCCUGUAUAAAAUAUUCUAUGGAACUACACUGUCAGUCCAAAAUAAAGUCACCUGAAUCAUU